AUGGGUUUGACAAAAUGCUGUAUUUUAAUUUUGUGCUUUGCGGGCGUCUUAUCCAAUUCUAUUAAUAUUUCCAAUCGCGGUGGGAAUGAGACUCAACCCUUCAUAGAGAUCGGUGAUAAAUAUUACCUAAUAUAUACAGCUUUUACGAUGAAUUGGUUCGAUGCGAUGCUUUAUUGUCGCAACUAUGAUUGUGAUUUGGCUGUAAUUGAAUCGGAAGCUGAGAUGAAUGUAUUGAGUUCCUAUUUAACCAGGAAUGGUAACAUUGGUAAACAGUUUUGGUUGGGUAUAACCGAUUUAGCCGAGGAGGGUAGAUUUAUGUCAAUUAAAGACGGACGUCCAAUGCCUUAUGCCAAAUGGUCAGAUGGUCAACCAGAUAAUAAUGCGUUACUUGAUGAUUGUCUUUGGCGCGUUAAUAAUACAUUCGAAAUGAAUGAUGCGAAUUGCAGAGCUAAGCUUUAUGUCAUCUGUGAGCUGCGACAACCGAAGAAGAGUUGUGAUAUAUGUGAUUUGAAAAUUUUGAUUGAAAGAUUCAUGCAACAUACAAAUGUUUCAAACAGUCAAAAUUAG